AAAUAUGAAAUAUGUGAAUAUUAAAUCAUAUAAAAAAUUGUGUGUGGGGGGUGAUAGUGUAAAUUAAGUGUAAUUAACUUUCUUACAGUAAAACAUAUCUCAAAGUGAUGCAUAUCUGCAGAAAGUAGAGAGUCUAAGCUUUCAAACAGUAUCUCAUAUGUGGUACUGGGUCCAUGACAGACCAUUAAAAUUAAAGGAAUAUUUUAUAUUAAGUCAAAAUAAGAUAAUUCUGGACCCGGUACAGGGUCCACAGAGUCAAACAAGUCAAAUACAUCAGUGCUCUUUGUUUUGCCUCAAAAUGCACACAAGUAAUGUUUUAGUAAGGCAUGUUUGUUAAAACUAGUUAUAUUUCCUAAUUAAACUAAGGCCUAGUCCUGGCUUAAGCUAAUCCCUAUCCGGGAAACCGCCCCAAGAUGUUACUUGUAAAGCAGAGUCAUGGCUUUUGAAACAUCACCUUUGUUUAUUAUUGCAAGUUUAAGUUCUUCCCAAGUAUUUUCCCAGUCUAUGCUCACUGUUCCGGCUGCAUAUAUUGUUCCUGUGGCUGAAUUGUCUCUGCUCCAUGUGAAAGGUUUAUCUUCUGACACUGCUCCUCUAGUUAGUCAACCUUGCGUUCAGUGAGAGAUCCCACAAGCGUGUGCGACAUUCCCUAGCCCCAGCAUCUAUAAAGACCCCUUGCUUGUGUGGUUCACAUCUUUCCUGCUGUUCCCUGUUGUCGCCAUGGCCAUGCUAAGAGUGUCUUCAUACCGUAAGCUGUUUGAGGAUCAGCAGUGGAACCAGACUGCAGGGCGAUGUGGAGUCCAGGCCCGCUCUGCUGUCAGUAUGUUUGACAGGGCUAGCGUUUCAUUGAGCGAAUGCUCCGGGCCAGAUUUUGCUGCAUUUCGAACUCUAAACAAGGAGGGUGCGGCCCGAUUUGUCAGCGAGCGCUGCGUCAUAGCCGCCCUUAAUGAUCGCCUGGCUGUCCUUAUCGAUGUGGUUCGGAGUCUUGAGGAGGAGAAUGAAUCUCUGGAAGCUCAGAUCAUCCGGCUUGAGAAGAGGUUGGAAUCAGAGCCAAGCUCCACCAAAGGCCCUGCAGACUACAGUUUGGAGGCUGUGAUAGAGAGACUACGCAAAGAAAAGGAGGUGAUUUUACAUGACACAGAGGAGUUGAAGGGCGAGCUGCAGUGUCUGCAGAUGAAAUAUGAUGAGGUUGUUGAGAAAAGGACUCUCCUUCAGCUUGAACAGGAAGAUGUUUCAUUGGAGGUGGAUGCAAUUACCACUGACUGCCUGGCCCUUCGAGAGCAAGUGGCCAUCUAUGAGGAGCAGCUGGACGCUAUGGAGAGGCAGCACAAAUUGAGGAUGGAGAACCUGAGUGAGCCCGGGACUCAAGAUGAAAGUUUUCCUAUUGUAUCUUUGCAAUUUCCCUCUGUUGAUAUCACUCCUGCUAUCGUGGACAUUAAGGAGUACUACAGUGAGCUGGCCAAGAGCUUAAAGUUUGAAUCCAGAGCCUCGAGUGCCAUGACCAUUGGUGCUAUAGGAAAGGAGAAACAGUUGGCUAAGCUGACUGGAGGAAAAGUAAAGGAUGUCUCCAAAGAGACGGACGUCAAUGUUCUUAAGGACCUGAUUGCAGAGCUGCAGAAAGAGGUGGCUGAGCUUGAGAUGUGUGGGGACGAGCUGGAGGCUGAAAUUGAGACCAAGAGAGCCAAAUACCUGGAGGAAAUAGACGAGUUAGAGAGUUACAUUUUUCAGCUUGAGGAGGAAGAGGCUGAUCUGCAUCUCCAGAUGAAGGAGCAGAGUGGAGACAAUGAAGAGCUGCUAAAACAAAAGAUGGCUCUGGACAUAGAGAUUGCUGCUUACAGGGGUUUGGUGGAGGAAGAAGAAGAGAGACUGAGCUGCCUGUAAGAUCUAAGAAGAAGUGAGAGAAGAGACCUAGAUGCUCACCUAUAGACUGAAGCCAACAUAAAAAAACACUAAAACCAACAUACAAUUCAACCCUUAACCGUAAGCCACACAAAUCAGAAAAGAAAACAGCUGUUGGACACACUUAACCUUCUGAGCAGAUGUAAACCUUCACUGACAGACAAACAUCUGGGAGUUCGUGCAAGCUCAUUGAUAACGGGUCACCAAUGGGUAACCAGAGGUCUUCAAGCAUCAGCCCUGGUUUACAUAAAAAAGCAUUGGAUAUGUAUAAAUUGCACUUGUACAUUGGGUUUCAUUUUGCUAAUAGGCCUGUCAAUGAUACACAUGCAUAGAUAAACACACAUUUACUCUCAAUCUGUGGCUUUGUUGAACCGUUCAUCGUCUGAGUAUUAUCACAAGCUGCAAAUACAAGCUGAUAAUACACUUUUUUCCUUCAACCUUUCAGAGCUCUCGGUUACAGAUUUCAAAACAAUUGUAUUACUUUACAUUUUCAUUGACUGUUGGAAAAUUUUGCUUAUUGAACAUUUUCCGCAUUUGUUUUUUUCUUCAACAGUUUGAUUGUGCUUACUGACUCUUGUUGUCUCUUCUUUGCAACCAAUAAAUCUUUGCCUUUUGAAAUCAUUCAGUCUUUUUACUUUAUCUUCCGCACAUCGUGUUCAGCCUUGCACUUUCCGUGGGAGAUGGACUUGAAAGAGACCACAAUCGUCCUUCUGUCAACCGGGUGUCGUAUCGUUUCAGCACCUUUGAAGUCUUGUGUUGAGUGCCGUGGAAUUUUUACCCAGCAUGCACUUCAGUCUUCAUACUGAACAUCAUAUGUGAGUACUCUGCGCUAAUAACCCUAUCUGUUCAUUUAAGAUGAAACAGUGCAGAUAACAAUAGAUUACGAAUGACUAUCUCACAUCCAUUGAAUUCCUGUAGAAGCUCAUCCACAAGGGCCGUGGUGUUGGUGAAUUGACCUGUGCAGCCAAGCUGACUCCUUUAAUUCUGUGGAUAUGAAACAUGGGCAGCACCAGAGGAAGUCACUUUGUCUUCAGGGCCCUUAUUUUCACUACUGAGGUACUUAGUCAUUCUUUGCUGCCCAAGGGCACCAGAUCACCCGACCCCCCCGACACACACACAUACUUACCCACACAACCUAAAGCCUUCUGGGUGCUUCUGAUGAAGUAUGGGACCCUGGGCCUGGGCUGCUGGCAUGUGAGGUUUUUUGGUUUGCUUCUGGCCCUUCCUGGGGUUUGACAAUGGAAGAGUGGAAGGGGGAACUGACAUCAGCAAGGGGAUCAGGAGGUCAGGCGGGAUACUUUGGAAUAGCUUGAUGCUUAUUGUUUUUCCACUCUGUCCUGACUGUUAUUCCAGCUUGCUUUCGUCGCUAAUGUGUGGAAAAUUGUGUUGAUGUUAUUCGCUAAAUUGUUUGCUGCAUGAUGACGAACAUAGCACCAAUUAAACUAGAUAAAUUAAAUACGCAUAAUGGAUUUUUAAAUCAAUUCGCCCUACUUUAUGUUAAUUUUAUUUGGCACCGUAUAUUCAUUAUUUGCAUUUUCCUAAUUUAAAAAACCUGCUGAAUGGAACUGAUUACAAUGGAAACGACUGUUCUUUAAAACAUUAACUGAAUGAUUUAGUUGAUGAUGGCAGAGUUGGACAUGAUGUAUUGGUGUGGGAUUUUCAUCCUGUGCGUUUGUCCCCCAGUGGA